ACUCGGUCUGACUUUGUGGUCUAGACUCUUUCAGCUUCAUAUCACAUCAAAUUUGAGGCUACGAGGGUUCGAUUGAUAUAGAGACAGACUGCCGGACACGCAACACACUCCGCUCUCUUGACCAAGUAUGCACCAUGCAAGUGCUGGCCUUUCUGGUCUCGUUCACCGGGCUAGCGACCAUCACGGUGGUUCUGCGCUUGUGGACUCGGCAGCGUCUGCGGAGUGCGGGGUGGGAUGAUCUGCUGAUUGUGGUGGCUUUGGCCGCCAACCUCGUCCUCUUCUCCUGCAGAGUCGUAGAAAUCCAACACGGCCUCGGCCACCCCGGCGAAACCCUCCCCCCCUCCGCCCUCCGAACCCAACUCAAAGCACUAUACCUCUCCCUGCCCUUCUACCACCUCACCCUCCUCGCCAGCAAACUCUCCGCCCUGGCCCUGUACACCCGGCUCUUCCGACUCCGCCGUGUCCUCCUCGCAAGCUACAGCCUCGCCGGCCUCAUGUGCGUAGCCGGGACAUGGAUGGUCCUCAGCGCAAUCCUCUUCUGCCUGCCCGUGCGCGACUUCUGGUCGGGCACCACCCCUCAGCCUCGAUGCCUGCCGAAAAAAGCGGUGUGGCUGAGCAACGGCGCCAUCCAGAUCGCGACGCACGUGGUCGUGCUGGCCAUCCCGCUGGUCGUGAUCCCGAAGCUGACGCUGCGGCGAAGGGUGAAGGCGGGGUUGUUCCUGUUGUUCGGGCUGGGAUUGGUGGUGGUCGUAAUCAGCAUCGUCCAGCUGAUCACGGUGAUUGAGAUCUUGACGCGAGGCCGGGGGGAUUUAUCGCGUGCGUUGCAUUACCCUGCCCUGCCCUGCCCUGCCUUGGUCUAACCAGCUCAACAACCACCAGACAAAUCCCGCACCACCGCCCUCCUCGCCAGCGCCGAGGCCAGCGCCUCCAUCCUCUGCGCCUGCAUGCCCCCGCUCUACCCGCUCUUCAGCCGGGCAUGUUCGCGGUGUCUGUCU